GCUUCAGGCGAGCCACUCGGUGGGCUUGAUCUAUGUCUAUCCUGAAGGUCCUGAGCUGAGCCCAACAGCCAAAGGCUACAAGCCAGAGCAAGUCCAUCAGCGCUCACCCAGGCUCAGUGCGCUGGAGGUGCGCGACACCUUCCACCGACGGAUGGGCUGGACGGAUCGAGAGACGGUGGCCUUGAUCGGCGGCGGGCAUACCUUGGGCCGUACUCACGGGAACUGCAACUUGACGGGCACCCAAUGGGGCAAAGGAACGCCCUACAACGACGUGGGCCCCUACUUCGAGGCCUCGCCGGGCACCUUGCGUGGUCCCACAGAUGGCACCUGUGGCCAUGGUGCUGCGGCUGGGCGGGGUGCCAACACCGUCUCCUCGGGCUUUGAGGGUCCUUGGACCCGCACGCCCUCGCGGUGGAACUACGAUUUCUUCCAUGCCAUGCUGGCGGAGGAGUGGGAACCUGCCAAGAGCCCUUUCGGCAACGACCAGUGGCGCACGAAGGAUCGCAAGAGCAAAUACGCCAAGACCAUGCGCCUCACAGCAGACUUGGCGCUGGUGCAUGAUGAGACCUAUGCUGCGAUUGUCAAAGAAUACGCCUCAGACUAUGCGAAGUUCGACGCAGACUUCGCAGAUGCGUGGUACAAGUUGAUGCACCGAUCACAAGCACAUCCAAAGGAGGAGGACCUCAGAAAGGAGGUUGGGGUUUGCACCAACUUUGAGUUUGUAAAGUGA